ACAGGGAAGGAUGACAACGUGUAAACCGCAUCUCCCGAACGCACCACUUCGUUGUGACUGGUCAGCAAAACAAGAUCAAAAUGACGCCCUAUCAUGAUGUUGUAUGGUUGGUGUUAAUCCUUUCCCAUCUGGCAAGGUCAAGGCCACUCCUUUCAGUCCCUUCUUUCAAUCCAUGGAUCGUCGCAAUGUCAAGGUCACCAGAAGUCUUAGGACCCUGUGCUGUGCGUCACCAACAGUAUCUGGAUGCGGAGCAGCACCUACUUGGGUCCUCGGAACCACUGUGCGAGAUUGACGGUACUUACAAGCCCAAGCAGUGCAGAGGAGCUGGCUGCUACUGUGUCGAUUCUGACGGUAUCGACCUCGGCUACUUCAACAACUACGGCGCUGGCACAGACAACAUGGACUGCACCUGUGCUCGGGACAAAGCCGCCUACUUGAAGACCGGGCUCAUUGGCAAGCUCUUCUUCUGCGACAACAAAGGAAGCUACAGCAAGAAACAGUGCACGGGUUCUGUCUGUUUCUGCGCAGACGUCAACGGCAAGAUGCCGAGCAACGGCCAAACUGUCAACAUCGGUGAAAUGGACAAGCUCCAGUGUUAGGGGUGACCCUCAUAUGUUGUGUUUCUAUGCGACAUUGACCUCUUUAUACGAUGAAUAAACCAAAAUGAAUCAUU